GAAGACGAAGCACUUAUGUAAUUCAUUAUUCACGUGACCGCCGAGAGAUUCCCGAUCCGAUUGUUCCUUGAGGCCCGCUGUGUCCGUCUUCCCUAGACUGGGACUAGGCCGCUCCGGAACCACCCUUUCAUCGCUCGCGCCGAAACCGAGUCAGGGUUGAGGGACGAAGACAACAUGCGGAGGACGGAGGUCGGCCCGCAGUAUUUGCAGCGUCCGCGCGUCUUGUGCAAGGUAGGAAGAAGCCGUGGAUCAUUGAGGCGACUCACAUCCACCGCGAAGUCUCGGAGUAUCAAGGCUUUCUAUACGACCGCAUUUACCAAAAGUAAGGAAGGUAAUUAUCGAGAUGUGGCAAGCCACAGAAGCCACCACAUUGUAGGCCGCAAGGGCAAAUUUCCGGUACAGACAUAUUGAUGACUACACUGUAGACCGAUGGAGGGGUUCCUUUGUCUCCCGCUCGCUACCACACAUCAAGACAUGGCGCUCAUGGACCGCCGGUCGCCACCGUUCAUGUCCAUGUUUGUAUUGAUUUCUCCAGAGUAGAGUACGGACUCGCCAUGUUCGUCCAGGCUUGCGCCGAGCUUCAACAAGGACUCCGACUCGGUCAGCAACUUUAUGUUCCGGCUCAUUGUGUGCUACAGUAGCAUCCAAUUCGCAUCGUCGGCUAAGAUCUCUGCAUCUUGGCCCGACAACGAUGCACACUAAGGACGCCUUUUCUGGUCCCGCGGGCAUGUUGCAUGCCGCAGGUGCAUUCCUCUUCAGUGGUCCGUUUGUAGAUUCGCCGGGUGCGACUUUUCACUACAGGACCGUACCACGCCACGACUUCUCGUGAAAGCCAAGCUGUGUAUGGAUGGCAGCUCGUUCGUCUUCGUUUUCUUGGUGUAGUACACAGUAGCGGCAGCAGCAGCAGGAGUGAUGAACAUGCGGUCCCGACUCCGUGGUUCGACUAGGACCUUGCACCGGUCGGCUGGUUGUUUCCCUUCCCUUCCAAUCUGGAGGCAGUACCUCACUAUCUCCUGCCUUUCCUUGAAGUUGAAAGAGCUUUUUCGCUUCGAAUCCCUCCUUCCCUCCUUCGCUCUAGCGACCCACGCUGGCUUUUUCUUCCCGUCCCUUGACCAUGUACCUACCAAAGUAAGAAACCUCACGCCGGCGACAUCAUCCCCUUCAGCUUCAACCCCCCAAAAUCUCGCGCAGCUGGCAGUUCCAGCACCUUUGCAUCAUUCAUCUCUUGGUGUUGCUACCGUACAUCAUGCUUUGAAUCCUCUUGUCUUACCUCUUCUUUCUUGGACCUCAAAAAUGGCUUCGCCACCAGACUCUGCAUCUCUCGGUUCCUGUUCCCGCUCCAGUUCUGUCCGAAUCAACCGAAAGACAAGUUGCGCCACUUCAAAUCCCCCGUCGCCCGGGUCACAACACGAGUCGACCACGUCUGAGGAUGUUUUCGAAGAUGUCGACCUUUCAUCUGGACUUGACGGUCUGCACAUUGACGGUGUCGAAGUCUGGGACACUUUAAGCAACAUGGCUGCUUUUGGACUAGAGCCCAACAACAGCAACUCCUACGACUCCUACGACAAUCUUGUCCCGUUCCCCCAGAUCUCAUUAGACGAUAGCGACGACGCUCUUGAGCUUUCGGACUCGGACAUGUCGCCCAAACAAGGGCCCUUUCACAAAUGGAUGAGAAACCUGCAUCGACGCGCCAAACAGCGGCCCCGGCCCAUGAACGCAGACGGCACUCUGCCCUGGAAACUUCUUGAUUCCGCUGAUAGGUCAGCUCUUUCUCGGAGGACUCGCCACAGGAGAUCAUCAUCGGGCUCGUCGUUUGGCUUCGUCGCGGCGGUGAAAAGUGCUAGUGUCAGUCUUGCUAGCGGCAGUGCUAUAAACCGUCCUCGAGGCAACAGCCGUCACUCUCUAGCACCCUCCAGGACCGAACGCAGCAGCAGAGCUUCUUUUACAGCAGCAAGAUUCUCGGAAGACAGCUGCCACGUCGAAUGGCCGGCAGAGGUUGAUCCGUUGGCGACCGAGCGAGCCUUACAGCGCCGCCGUAUUUUGGAGGAGCUUAUCAGCACGGAGGAAAGCUACAUUGGAGACGUUCGUUUUCUGAUGAAUGUUUACAUUACGAUUCUUGCUUCUUUGCCUACCCUACCAAUGGGACUCAGGUCCUCCAUCAACCGCAAUCUCACGGACAUCGUCGAACUUCACGAAGAGCUGUUGGGCGAGCUGCAUCGAGUUGUGCCGGAUUCGGAGUACACGCAAAUCGAUAUUCCGCCAUCACCAAGCAGACCAAUCGGACGUAGGCAUCAACGACUGAGGAGUCUUGACUCGGUGCCAGAAGACGACUGCAGAGCCAUAAGCUGGUUGCAGGAAGUACCUGGAAUGGUCUCGGAGGCUCAGAUCGCCGGCGAUGUGGCCAAGGUUUUCAGCAGGAAGAUGAACCGUUUCUUCAUUUACGAGGAAUAUGGGGCAAAGUACGAGAUGAUGAUUAAGGAUGUGGCUUCGGCUCAUCGAACCAUGCCGCAGUGGGAUACAUAUCAAAGAGGCAUUGAAGCACUGGCCUCAUCGUUGGGUCCCGCCAAUACACAUGCCGACCUGUCAAAGAAGUCGUUGACAAUCGGGGAUCUCCUUGUCAAGGUGAGAAGUUGUUCACUGCCAUUACCGACCAAGGUGCUUACAAGUCCUCAGCCAAUCCAGCGUAUCUGCAAAUACCCGCUCCUAUUUGCCGAAUUAUUGAAAUACACGCCUGUCAUGGACUGCCCAAACUCCCACAUGGAAGUUGAGAGCGCACUGCUUCGAUUGCGAGAGGCAACGGCUGAAAUCAACCGAGCAACGAACGACAGGCGGAUGAAGUCCAUACUGGAGAAGACAUGGAUUCUUCAGGACCGUCUGGUUUUUCCUGAGCAAAAGCUUGAUGCAGCUUCCAAGAACCGGAUCAGGUCGUUUGGCCAUGUCGACCUUUGUGGUGCGCUGCAUGUUUGCUGGCAGACCAAGGAGGGUGCCAGAGGGCAGUACAUGAUUUGUCUUCUCUACCACAACGUCCUGUGUUUGGCCUCAGCAAGCAAGGUCGACCAGAUUUACACCAUCCAAGCAUGUAUCAACAUGGGCGGCAUCAAGAUUGAAGAAACGGACAACGGCCGAGGACUUCAGUGCCACACGGCCCCGUUUUCGUGGAAGCUUGUGUUCGAAUGCGACUCUCAACUUUACGAACUGUUGAUGACAGCCUGCUCGCCCAGGGAGCAGGAAGAAUGGCGGAGCCGGUUAACGAAUGCCGCCAAGGGAGAACAGGAGCAAAUCGACCCUAGUCUGUACAGUUCAAUGUUUCUGAGCAUGAAGAGCCUCGGGACGGUGUUUAGAAAACCAGGUAGGUGUUUCCAAUCACACAUUAACGGCUCUGUGCCGCUGACAGCCUUUUCUCCUUCUCCAGGCACUGUUGCUCGUCGGAUUUCGAUUCAUCGCGCCACGACAGUCGGCCCAAAGUCCCCUUUAUGCCAAGUCAUACUGAAAAACACAAGCGUUGUGCGAGACAAUUCGGAUGCUGCCUCCAAUUCAUCCAUCAACCGGUCGCAGUCGUUGCUUACGACAAACCCCCGAAUCCCGAUUAUCGCUCCGCCUCGAGGUGAAAGAGCUCGGCUGGAGGCUCUCAUGUCCGAUAUCUGGAGUCGAGACAUACUCCCGUUCCCUGGCAUGACUGGAAGGUCCCGCAGCGAGCACCUUGUCCGAAGCUCAGCGAGCACUAUGAUGCGAAAACUCAGUGUUGCGAGCAUCGCCAGUUCUUUUGCAAAGCGAUCCAACAGCGUGGCCAGUCUUGGAAAACUUGUGGCCGAAGAUGAUACGGGUGACAAGGGAAGUACGCUUCAAGGAAAUCCUUCCAAGCUCUGCAGAGCCGAGAGCUCCAACACGGAGCACGGCCCUGACGAUGAGGUCGAAAACACAAAGGGCGCUCGAUUACCCAAAAUUGACGACGAUGUCGAGGUUACAAGCACGGUUAGCGCUCCGGCAACCCCGAUGUUGCUUCCGUCCGCGAUUUUUGUACACGCAGAUCCCGUCGAGCAGCUUUGGCCUGGACAUGACGGCCGAGCAUCCAGCAACGUGUUGCCAUCGAGACCGAAGGUGCUGCGCACCGCGUCAGGGAAUAAUCUGCCUCGAAUUCGUCGAGACCCUAUCACACCGAAAAUUUCGCCUUGCCCAUCCGAGAGGGACGAAAAAGACCUCCAGAUUAAUGCAGCGAAAGCGCCUCGUCUUUCCCACAAGCCGUCGAUGCGUUGGGGCAGGGUUGGUACACUGAACAGAGACGACUUGGUGCAGGGCAUCCGAAGUUUCUUUCGAUGAGUGCGGACCGAAUUUCUGCAUUUCAAUGACUGUGAGAGUCAAAAAGGAAUGUGGCUUGGGCGCAAGAAGUAAAAAUACCACUUUCGUUGUUUGUGCCCUUGGCUACCUUAAUUUAGGGCCUCCCGUUGGGGGAGUGUCAUGUCCACAGCCAUUAUUAGCUCAGAGUGCUUUAGUCGUCACUUGACGACAGUAUAAUGAUACCCCUAGUUUGGAUUAUAUGAUGAAUACUUUACCUACAACAAGUGAUUUCAGUGAGGCCAUUGUGAGGUGCUUACUAUAGUGGCUUGAUUACCCGCGGACGUCCGUCUCUGUGCCCCAAUUUCGACCGCCUGGGGUGUUCGGCUCGAGAUUUCAAGCCGCGACCAGUGAGGCGACCUGCAUUAAAGGUACCUCAGGACAGGGGCGGUGCGGCAAUGGAGGGGGAUCAUUCUGAGCCAAAUGUUUCCUUCUCUAUCUGGAUCAUUCC